AUGGGCGACUCAAGUGACGAUGAGAACCCAACGAGACAGCAGGGGAAUGGCGGGCAACAGCAACAGCAGCAGCACGAAAAGAACCGAAGUGUGUCGGAAAGUGAUAAAGUGCAAGAACAGCAAAAAGAUGUUGUGUGCAAGACAAAUUCGGCGCCAUACGGUGACAUGCUGGCACCAAGUUCGUCGCAUAAUUCGUGUCCGUUGCCGCCGAGCGUUGCACGGGCUUUGCGUUACCCGCCAAGUAAUAUAACGCGAAAGUGUGUUCUCACGCUAGACGGAUACUCAUAUGUGAUAGUUAAAAAUGAAAUUUCGGAUAUUCGAGUUGGCGAAUCUAAAAUUUGUUUCCAUUGCGGAGAUGAACCUGAAUCCGAAUGGUAUACAAGCGGCGUUUUUUAUCAAAUUUAUCCAAAGUCAUUUAAGGAUUCAAACAACGACGGAAUCGGCGAUUUGCUUGGAAUAAAGGAAAAAUUGCAUCAUUUGAAAGACUUGGGUGUCGAUGGAGUUUGGCUUUCUCCGAUUUUUAAGUCGCCCCAAGUCGAUGGCGGUUAUGACAUUGAAGAUUUCGAACGGAUUGACGAGAUUUUUGGCACCAUGGAGGACAUGGAAGCGUUAAUUUUGGAAGCAAAACGUUUAAAAAUUCGAUUAAUUUUGGACUUUGUACCGAAUCACACUUCUGACAUGCACGAAUGGUUCAAAAAAUCUGUGAAAAAAGAGCCCGGCUUUGAAGAUUUCUACGUGUGGCGUGACGGAAAAUGCGAGGAAAUUGAAGGAACAAUGGAGUGUAAACCUCCAAACAAUUGGAUUUCCGUCUUUGCCGGUUCUGCUUGGGAAUGGAAUGAGGAAAGGAAACAAUUUUACUUGCAUCAAUUCGUGAAAGGGCAACCAGAUUUGAAUUUCCGCAACGAAAGAGUGCGUGAAGCGAUGAAAAAUGUCUUGCGUUUCUGGAUUAACAAGGGAAUUGAUGGUUUUCGCGUGGAUGCGAUAAAUCACGCUUAUGAAGAAGCCGAAGAAAAAGACGAGCCAGUUCGUCCCGGAGGCGAUCCAAGUAAUUGGAACGACAUACAGCACAUUUACACGAGAGAUCAACCGGAAUCCUAUGACUUGGUAUACGAUUGGCGUGACAUGCUUGACAUGGAUUCCUUCCUCAAUGGUCUCGAUCCGCGUUUAAUCAUGACCGAAGCGUACACCGACAAAUUCGAAGACACCUUCAAAUGGUUCGGAAAUGCCGAAAAAGGUCGCAUUGGAGCUCACAUGGCUUUCAACUUUGUUCUUGUGUCGGGUCUGAAUGCGCAUUCGACUGCCUUUGACUUUGUCGAAAAAAUCUCGCAAUGGAUCGAGGCAGUUCCGAAAGGCGCCCAACCAAAUUGGGUCUUGGGAAAUCACGAUCAGUCAAGAGUUGCGUCUCGUUAUGGCAAAGAUUUGGCGGAGGCACUUGCCGUUCUUGAGAUGACUCUGCCUGGAAUUGCUGUCAUUUAUAAUGGGGAGGAAAUUGGGAUGAAUGAUUAUCGGGAAAUUAGUUGGGAAGACACGCAAGAUCCUCAGGCAUGUAACACGAAUUCGACUUAUUACCAAAAUGUGUCACGGGAUCCCGUUAGAACGCCAUUCCACUGGGAUGCUUCGACAAACGCUGGUUUCAACGAAGGAAACAAACCAUGGCUUCCCAUGAACCCAAAUUUCAAAGAAAUCAACUUAGAAUCACAGAAAAACGAGGAAAAAAGUACUUUCAAAUUGUACCAAAACCUCAUCAAGUUGCGCAAAUUGCCGGUUUUCAAAUUCGGAGACAUAAAAAUGAAAGCUUUUAACGACACAAAUUCUUUCGGAUUUGUCAGAUCUCUUGGCUCAGAGGAAGUUUACGCCGUUGCCAUUAACUUGAAAGAAGAAGAAAAUACGUUGGAUCUAACUUCCAUCGACGAAUCAGUUCAAAAUAAAAAUUUCGAAAAGGCUCAAAUUGUCAUCGCCACAAAUAAUUUCCAACAAGAUCUAACGAAUGAGGAUGGGCAUACAGUUGUUGAUCCCAAAAACUUCAAAUUAGGAGGAAAUCAAGCCGUGGUCCUUCGAUUAUUUGUUCCAACAAACUCAGGCGCCGGAUUAACUGUGUCCAUGACUUUGAUGUUUGUGGCCUUUGUACGAGCAUUUUUCUAA